ACUCAAUGAAUAUAGGCAAGAGUCUGCGGACGGAAGAGUGAACGCCUGGUUCAAGUUUUGUGAAGUCUUUGCGUUGGCAUGAACAUCUGGUCGCCUGGCUAUGCAGGACCUCGAGAAACGUGAACACAGUCACGAGGAUACUAUGGGUCAUCAUAACGCCAGAGCAUCGGCCACCGACUUCUCGAUUGCUGCCAUCAUGGCCAAAAACCACGCAUCUCGGAGCCAAGGGGAUUUAGAAGUGGAAAAAUGUCUAAAAGAGGAGGAAGAGGAAGAAGAAAACGGAACGGAAGAAGAAGAAGAAGGUGACGAAGAAGAAAGAGAGGGAGAGGAGGAAGAAGACGUGGAUGUGGAUGGGGAAGGGAAGGAGGAGAGAAAAAAGAAGAAAAAAGGAUCAGAAAGGAACAACAAGACUCAAGUCAACCCGCAGCUGAGAGAAAGAUGCAACAGCGAAGAUCUCCGAGGGGUACAAUGUCACCUGGAAACGAAGGAGCUCUGGGACAAAUUCCAUGAACUCGGCACGGAGAUGAUCAUCACGAAAACCGGCAGGAGGAUGUUCCCGACGGUGCGGGUGUCGUUCAGCGGAUUGAAGGCGGGAGGGAAAUUCGGGGUCCUCCUAGACGUGGUCCCCGUGGAUGGGAAGAGGUACCGGUACGCCUAUCAUCGGAGCUCCUGGCUCGUCGCCGGGAAAGCAGACCCUCCGGCUCCUCCGAGGCUCUAUCCUCAUCCCGAUUCUCCGUUCUCCUCCGAACAACUCCGCAAGCAGGUCGUCUCCUUCGAGAAGGUGAAACUCACCAACAACGAGAUGGACAAACAGGGACAGGUUCGAACACUUCGUCAUCCUCACUAG